AUGUCGGAUCAAAAUCACGUCGAGCUGGAAAGCUUGGCAGAAUCGGACGACUACCAGGUUGAAAGCGACAACGACGAUGGCGGACACGUUACCCAGACGUUACUGGGCAACAAUCCCGGGUUAGCCGAGGUCACGGCUGAAUCUGAGAAGUCCAACAUGAAAAUGGCAUUUAUGAACAUGGCCAACUCGAUUAUCGGCGCCGGAAUCAUCGGCCAGCCCUACGCCGUGCAUGAGAGUGGUCUUAUUGCGGGAAUCCUGCUACUGGUUGGUCUGACGUUCCUGAUCGACUGGACGAUUCGACUCAUCGUGGUCAACGCCAAGUUGUCAGGUACAGACACGUAUCAAGCCACCUGCCGCAAAUGUUUUGGUAAGACCGGUCUCAUUGCCAUCUCUCUGGCCCAGGGCUGCUUUGCAUUUGGUGGAUCGAUCGCGUUCUGUGUCAUUAUCGGAGACACUAUUCCGCAUGUUCUGGGAGCACUUUUCCCGUCUCUUCUGGGUGGUGAGGACUCGGGACCUUCGAUCCUCGUCAACAGACAGUUUAUUAUUGUUAUUUGCACGUGUCUGAUCUCUUAUCCGUUGGCUCUGAACAGAAAUAUUGCCCAUUUGGCCAAGGCCUCGGCUUUGGCUUUGGUAUCCAUGCUGGUCAUUGUCAUUCUUGUGAUUGUCCGAGGACCCCAGCUUGCUCCUGAGUACAAGGGCACUUUUGAUGGACACGCUCUGAGUAUCAGCCCGGGACUGUUUCAGGGAGUGUCAGUCAUCUCUUUCGCCUUUGUCUGUCACCACAACUCUCUGCUGAUCUACGACUCUCUGAAACGACCUACUAUGGAUAGAUUCGCUACAGUUACCCACUGGUCUACCGGAGUCUCCAUGGUGGCUUGUCUGGCCAUGGGAGUGGGUGGGUUCGUCAUUUUCGUCGACAAGACCAAGGGAAACGUUCUCAACAACUUCCCAGCCUCUGAUGUCAUGGCCAACGUUGCGCGAUUCUGUUUUGGCUUCAACAUGCUCACCACCCUGCCUCUGGAGAUCUUCGUUUGCAGAGAAGUCUUCACUACAUACUUUUGGCCUGGCGAUGAGUUCAAGUGGAUUAGACACAUUGUUACUACCACGGUGAUGAUGCUCACCGCCAUGUGUGUUGCUCUGAUCACCUGUAACCUGGGUGUUAUUCUAGAACUCGUCGGAGCUACCUCAGCUUGCGUCAUGGCAUAUAUCCUGCCUCCCCUGUGCUAUUUGAAGCUGACCAAGAACAAGAGUCUAAAACAGAAGGCUCCUUACUAUCUGGUGGCAGGAUUUGGAGUGCUAGUCAUGCUCUUCUCCACCAUCCAAUCACUGCUGAAGAUUGUGAAUGGAGAGGAAGAGGGCAGUCAUUGUGACGUGAACUAG